ACCGUCUCACAGCCACAGGUGUUUAAUAAAAUAAUUCUUUGGGACAAUUGACAGCUGGAUGUGGACAUAUACAAAUAGGAAGAGUUCUCUAGCGACCACACGAGAAUGUUGUACACAGGAUGGAUAGACCUCACAGCAAGGUGUUACUGUAGUACAAGAUAGAACCGUCCUGACGUCACCAGGGAACACGCACGAGGUAAUUAGCAUAUAAAGGGAGAGUAAGGGACACAACCAUUUGUCGCGGACUUUUUUCAAUGACUGUCGGCGAGUGAGUUGUGGAAGAAGAGAAGUGUCAUAACAAAAAUCAUUCUCAAAAAUAUUAGAAACAACAAAGCAAGUCACUCGCCGAAUUUUAAGCAAUGGUCAUUGGGAUCGUAUUUCUAACAGCAUUUUCAAUCAGUGUGUUCCAUUAUGGAGUCAUCUUGGCAGAAGAUAAUCACUACGCCAAUGAGUGGGCUGUUGAGAUUGCAGGUGGUCGUGAUGUGGCCGAGGAGGUAGCCAAGCAACAUGGAUAUCGUCUGGUCCGGGAGUUUCAAAGUAUUCCUGAUCACUACUUGUUGGAAAGAAGUGACGUCCCCUUCAGGUCAAGACGAAGUGCUGAUCACCACACCAAGAGAUUGUCGGAGGAUAGCAGGGUCACAUUUGCUGAACAGCAAAAAGAUAUCACUAGGGUUAAAAGGGAUCUUUCUGACCGAGACAUCGCCAGACGAUUGGUCGUCUCUGGUCACACAACACAAGAUCCUGACUUGCCUAGCCAGUGGUAUCUAAACCCGGAGGACACGGUGUCUGAUAGAAGAGAUGGUACCAGAGCGGACCUUAAGGUCAAAGAAUGCUGGCGAAUGAACAUCACUGGGAAAGGUGUAGUGGUCACUAUACUAGACGACGGUUUAGAACGGGAGCAUCCAGAUUUAAAAGACAACUAUGAUCCCGACGCCUCCUAUGACUUCAAUGAUAAUGACGCGGACCCCACCCCAAGAUACGACAUCACCAACGAAAACAAACACGGCACCAGAUGUGGUGGCGAAGUAUCUAUGAUAGCAAACAAUAAUAAUUGUGGAGUUGGCAUUGCUUUCGACAGCCGUAUUGGCGGGGUUCGAAUGUUGGACGGUCGAGUGACUGACACGCUGGAAGGCGAGGCCGUUUCUUUUAACAGAACUCACAUAGAUAUCUACUCUGCAAGUUGGGGCCCAAAUGAUGACGGUAAAACACUGGAAGGUCCUGGAAAUCUGGCAGCCAAAGCUCUUGAGCUGGGUAUUAAAGAGGGGCGUCAAGGAAAAGGAGUUCUUUAUGCUUGGGCUUCAGGAAAUGGAGGCACUGUGGGAGACAACUGCAACGCUGAUGGCUAUACUUCCAGCAUCUACACCAUUAGUGUUAGCAGUGCCACACAGUUUGGUAACAGCCCGUGGUAUGCUGAGAAAUGUGCCUCGACCAUCACCUCGGCUUACAGCAGCGGAGCCACAAAUGAAGGCAAAAUUGUCAGUUCCGAUCUUCACGGCAAAUGUACUCAUCAGCAUACCGGAACAUCUGCAGCUGCCCCACUGGCUGCUGGGAUAUUGGCACUUCUGUUAGAGAGAAACCCAGACUUAACGUGGAGAGAUGUCCAACAUAUUAUUGUCCAUACAUCAAAAGUAGAGCCACUAGGCUUAGAGAAAGGAUGGUAUGUGAAUGGUGUUGGCUACUGUGUCAACAUCAGAUUUGGAUUUGGCCUGAUGGAUGCCAAAGCUAUGAUUGAUCUUGCAGACCCCAAAACAUGGCAAAGUGUUGGUGAGCAGAAGAAAUGCAUAGUGGAAGCAGAGUAUAGUAGUGGAUUUCCAAAGCCCCUAUCUCCUGGUCAUUUUAUAGAAGUAACCUUCACAACCAAUGGAUGUGCAGGGGAAAGCAAUGAAAUUAACUACUUGGAACAUAUUCAAGUUGUUAUAGACUUAGAUUAUGAUAACAGAGGAAAAAUUUAUGCUGAAGUUGUAUCUCCCAUGGGAACAAUAACUCCACUUUUCCUGGAACGUAAAAAUGACAAGUCUAAUAAAGGUUUUAAAAAAUGGCCCUUAAUGAGUGUUCAUAACUGGGGUGAGAAUCCAAAAGGCAUAUGGAAAUUUAGAGUUUCAGAUAGGAGCCAAACAGGAAAUGAGAAAGGCCAGUUGAAAAAUGCAACUUUGGUUUUAUAUGGAACAAAAGAACAGCCUGCCCAUCAACAGUACAUCUCAAAGUGCAAUAAUCUCAACAAGUUUGUUGAACUCUAUUCAGAAGGAGAUAAUGAGAGCGAGACUAUCCUACGAAAUAUUUUUGAUAAGCUCCAGGAACAUAUGCUACCUACUAGAGAUGUUGGAACUAAGAAUAAAACAUUUUCAAACAGCGAAUUGGCAAAAUUACAAUAUCUGCUCAAUGAUGAGAAAUCUAUUACUGAUCCUGAAGUGAAGGCAUCAUUGAAUAGUAUAUUAGAAGAACUUAACGAAGAGAAUGAUGAUAUUUAGUUGUCAGCUAAAAGUGAUUCAAAAUCUUUAAGAAACUUUUCAGAACAAGUCAAUGUAAAAUCUGUACAGGAAGUUUAUUUGACUUUAUUAAAGAGAAUAUAGUGUUUA